CAGGUCAGACACACGGCGGCCGUUACGGAGGGUGCGGAGAGGGCCCUGAGAGCUGCUGCCGGUGUCUGCAGCGCCGAUGGAGUGCGUCAUUGUCAGCGAAGAGGGGCUCCACGACCCCAUCCGCCUGCCAGAAAACCGGCCCGUGGUCCUGGGCCGGGGUCCGCGGACCUGCGUCACUGACAGGAAGUGUGGGCGGCAGCAAGUGGAGCUGCUGGCCGAUUACACGACCCGGAGCGUCAGGGUGAAGCAGAUUGGGAUCAACCCCACCUCCGUGGGGAACCAGGACCUGAGGCAGGGGUCGGAGGUCGCCAUGCGAGAAGGUGAGACGCUCUACCUGGUCAACCGCCUGUACCCCCACGCUGUGCGAUUCCGGCCGCCCGGCUCCGGCGGUCAGUCUCCGGGGGCCGGAGGUCGCGACGCCGCUCUGGACCUUGAGCCGGGAGCAAAGGCGCCAAGCGGGAUGGACACCGUCCAAUCAGAGCCGGCCAGGAAGAGGCCGAGACUGGUGACCCCGGGCGAUGGUGGCGAGAGCGUUGGACACGGUCCGAACUUGGAGGACGAUGACCAACCUUGGCCCCAGGACACUUGGACUGAAGAUAACAAACUGCUGGUCUUCACAAAGAAGGGCGUGAGGGCCAGGUCAAAGUUUGCUGGCUUCGAUAUUGAUGGGACAAUAAUCACCACUAAAUCGGGAAAGGUUUUUCCCAUCGGACCGGAUGAUUGGAGAAUCCUGUACCCUGAAAUUCCCCGGAGGCUUAAGGAGUUAAUGGCAGAGGAGUACAAG